AUGCAGGCACUCCCGCCUGCUGGUCAUCUGCUGGCCGCAGUGGCCGGCAUCAACGGCGGCACAGCUGGCCUCUUCUGGUACGACAAGCGCCAAGCUCAGGAGAAGAAGUGGCGAGUGAGCGAGAGCGCGCUCUGCGCGACGGCGCUGGUGGGCGGCUGGCCCGCGGGGUAUUUUGCCAUGCACAACUUCAGGCACAAGUCGGCCAAGAAAAGCUUUCAGGACAAGUACGCGGCAGCUACGUCCUGCAACUUGCUUCUGUGCGGGCUCCAUCCACAGGCCCGAUCUCAGCUGCGGCGCACGGUUCUGCGCUGGCUGCGGAGGAGGCGAUGA